AUGAAAUCAUUAUUAAAGAAGAAUAUUAAACAAGACUAUACCAUUGAAUUUAAACAUAUUAAAGGACUAGAUAUUGGAGACAAUAUUGAAGUUGUUUUAAAAUGGAGAAGAGGUGAUAAAAAAGAAAAUAAAGGAACAAUAGAAAAGGCAUUAGUACAUAAUGGUGAAAUUAUUUAUUCACCAGUUCAAGUUGUUCAUAUUCAUUGUACAUUAUUUUUAACAAAAAAUGGUUAUGAUGAAAAAGGACUUGAGAUUUCUCUUCAUACAACUGGAAAGAAAACUAAAGAACUUUGUGAAGGAUUUAUUGAUUUAGCUAAAUAUGCAGAUCUUAAUGGUGCUUCAAAAGAUCUUUCUGUUAAACUUAUUGGUAAAAAUCCAGCCAUUGUUGAAAUGUCUAUUUCUUCUCUUCUUGGUGAGGCUGGUGGUAGCUCAGAUGAAACAGAAGUAUUACAAAUGAAAGCAUCUGCAACUACAGAUAUUCAUGAACUUCUUGUUCAACAAGUUAGUAAAAAGCAAGAAGAAGAUGAAAAAGAAGAAGAACUUGAAGAAAAACAAAGAAAACAAAAAGAAAUUGCUGAACGAGAAGAAGCAGAGCGUCAAAAGAAACUUCAAGAACAACAACAAAUUAGAGAAGCUGAUAUGUUUGCUGCAGCAAGUUCUUCUGUUAAAAUCAAAGGAAAAAAAGAAAAAGAUACAAAAAAGAAAUUUACACAAGAAGAUUUAGAUAAGGCAUGUGAAAAAGCUGUUCGUGAAGCUUUAAAAAUGAAAAAAGAAAAGUAUCAUAAGAUUAGGGAUGAUUUACAAAAUCAACUUAAAAACACUACUGAGUCUUUAACUCAACAAAAGAAAAUUUCUUCUUUAGAAGAAGAAGUUAAAGAAAAAGAAACAUUAAAAAUUUCUUUAGCAAAUGCAGAAAGUAAUGGAAAACAACUUUCUGAAGUAAUCGAAAAGAAUAAGAUUGAAAGAGAAGAAGAAAAGAAACAAGUUGAACAACAACUUGAAGAAUUAAAGAAAGAAAAGAAAGAAGAAGAAAAUAAAAAAGAAGAAUUAAAGAAACAAUUAGAAGAAGAACAAAAAGAAAAGAGUAAUAUUAAAGUUGCAUUAGCAGCAUCUGAAGCUGUUGUAGUAGGAUUAAAAGCUGAAGUAGAAAAGAAAGAAAAUGAAAUUACAGAACAAAAGAAGAAAGAUGAACAAGAAAAAGAAGAAUUAAAGAAAAGAAUUGAAGAAACAGAAAAGAAUGCAGCUGCAGGUUCUGAACAAAUUUUAAAUCAGAAGAAUGCAGAAAUCGAACAAAAAAUUAAUAAGGAAAUUGAAGAAAAAAUUGAAAAACAACAAAAAGAAGUUGAAGAAAGUAAUAAGAGAUGUAAUGAAAAUAUUGUAAUUAUUGAACAACAAAAGAAAGACAUUGAAAAUAUAAAAGAAGAAAAGGAAGAAUUAAUAAAAAAGAAUAAUGAGAAAGAAGAAGAAAUUAAACAAGUAAUAACACAAAAUGAAAUAUUAAAGAAAAGAAUUGAAGAAUUUGAAAAUAAUAAAGGAGAUGAUAUUAAAACAUCAGUUGUAUUAACAGAGAGAAUUGAAGAAUUAACACAAGGAAUUAAUGAAGAACGAGAAAAAAAUAAAAUUAUUGAAGAGAAAUAUUCAAAAGAAGUUAAUAAUUUAAAUAAUAAAAUUAAAGAAUUUGAAGAAAAUCAAAAGAAACAAGAAGAAGAAAAAGAAAAGAAAAUUGAAUUAAUAAAAAAUGAUAAAGAAAAAGAAAUUAAUGAAUUAAAAAUUGAAAUUGAAAAUUUGAAAAAAGAACAUAAAGAAGAAGUUUUAUUAAAAGAAAAAAUUGAAGAUAAACAAGAAAAAGAAAUAAAAAUUGUGGAAGAUUAUGAAAAAAGUGAAAUGAAAUACAACGAAAAUAAUAAACCAGUUUUUGGAUUAAUAUUAAAGAAAUAUAUUAAUGAAGGAGAAACAAAAGAAAUACAAGAAUUUGAAAUUAUUAAAAAUUUUGGAGAAUGUGAUUUAGAAAAUUCGGUUUAUUUACUUAAUAGUAUUAUUGAAGUUACUCAAAGUGAAAAAACUGAGUAUGUUGAAAGAAAUAAUACAUUAAAGAAUCAGUUAAUGAAUAUUCAAUAUAAAUUCUUCAUUAAAUGUAUUCAAAUUGCUUCAAGUAAACUAAAUGGAUUUAUUGAAUUAAUGAUUAAAGAUAAUCAAUGUUUUGAAAGAAGAAGAGCUGCUGAGUUUGAACAACUAACAGCAAAUUAUACAGUAAAUUAUUUAAAAGAAAUUAAUAAAAUAUUAAAAAAGAAUAAUACUAAUGAUAUUACGCAAAAACAAAUAAUGAUUCAAGUCAUUACUUAUAUGAGUUAUUUUGUUAUUAAUACUUUAAUUCAAAAUGAUAAAUUUAUUAAUUGUUCUAAAGGACUUCAACUUAAAUUCUUCUUUAGUAUAAUGGAGGCAGAGUUAUGUGAAAAUAGAGACAUAUUUUAUCUUAGGGAUUAUCUUCAAUUAGCUAUUGAAACAAGUGGCUUAUUAGUUUUAGAUCAUUCUAAUGAACAUUUUAAUGUUAAAGAAAUUCAUCAAACUCUUCCUCAUUUAAGUGGAAGUAUAAUUUAUGCUCUACUUUCUCGGUUUAAACCUGAUAAUUUAAAUAAUGAAAUUAUUGAUAAAUCAGUAUUGAGUCAAAUUGAUAAAAAUGACACUCCUAUUCCUUCUUGUUUUGAAUUGAUUAAGUAUUAA